AUGGCUGCUGCAAGCCACUGCCUCUCCCUGCUGUUCCUGUCCACGUGUGUGGCUUUGUUGCUGCAGUCACCUCUGGGUGCCUCGGGGGCCCCUCUGGAGCCAGUGUACCCAGGAGACAACGCCACACCGGAGCAGAUGGCCCAGUAUGCAGCUGAGCUCCGCAGAUACAUCAACAUGCUGACCAGGCCCAGAUAUGGGAAACGAGACAAAGAAGAUACCCUGAACUUCUUGGAGUGGGAAUUCCCCAACAAAGCUGUCCCCAGCCAGGUGGAUGUGUAAUGUCACCUCCUGCCUCUGCCCACUCAAGGGCAGUGC